AUGGCCGAAUAUCGCGAUGCGGACAAUGACAACGCUCCGUUCGAAAGUCUACUUUCCACCCCAGCGGAUUUCGCCAUGCACCACAAAACCGAGCAUAUACGCGGCGUACCAGGCCCUACUUUUCCAGGGACUAACUGUUUCUAUUUCAAGUGGCUGCGGCCUCUAGAGCAGAAACCCGAGCUUUGGGAGAUUGAGCAGCGUAUCGAGAAGGGGAAACCGUAUAGUAUUGACACUUUCGUCGAUCCCGCCGAACUCAGUCUCGAUCACAAGCGAUACGAACGCAAGUAUCCGACGCAUCGUCCUUACGGUCCCAUUCGUAAGCUUCCAGACAGUAUAGUCCAUUCAGCAAUAGAAUGCGUCGCAUUGUUUGGGAGGCAAGACGCUACGGGCUUCACAGGGCUCAUAGCUUUUGAUCCACCGAGACAGCACGUAAUAAAAGACCGCCGCUACCGUUUCUGGGCCAAGGGAUCUCUAAUCGCUGACGAGAACGAAGAAUCGAAGCAUUGUUUCAUGCAAGACGAGCACUGCAAUACUAUGCAACGUUUCGUUCGAGAAAUCGAGGCCUAUAGAGAGCACGAAAUUCUCAACGACUUUAACCGAACCGCGGUAUUCGUCAUUUCGAAAAUGGUACAGCAAGACACAUUUCGGCUACUGCUUCACUUACACGAGGCACUGGACGAAAUCGACCUGUCACUGGCCCAUGAUGAGAAGUUACAUUCAUGCUUGCGGACGUGGCGAGAACGCCUUGGGAGGUGGAGAAAGGACCUUCUAUCUCUCCGAGCCUCAAUUGGUUACAUCUGCAAGGUGAUUGACGGCCUCUUGGAGCACCCUAGUCCGGAAACGCCCUUGAAAGAAAAAGGACGAGCCGAACAACUCAAAUGCGAUCUUACAACACUUCGUGGAGUGGAGCUCAAGGAUCUGGGUUCGCAGCUAGACGACGUGCAAAAGAGAGUGGAGUCGAGCUUCCAGCUCCUCAUGUCAACCAUGAGCAUCGUUGAGAGCCAUAAGGCUAUCAAAGAAGCCGAAACCGUCUCCAAAUUGACGAGCCUGGCAUUUUUCUUCAUCCCGCUAACCUUCGUGGCUUCAAUAUUCGGGAUGAACAUUGUGGAAUUCGACAGCAAUGUCAAGGCCUGGAUCUGGGUUGUGCUCUCAGUUUUGGUAACUUCAACGGCCUACAUCUUCCUUUACUCGACCGAUAUCAUCGCUAUCGUGCGGGCUGCGCCAACGUUCUUUCUGAGCUUGAAUCCCAGACGUGUCGUGGCAGAAAUCGCUGCGAAAGCCUAUCUACUGGCGGCAUUUUGUCGCUACAGUCUACUAGCUUUCUUGUGGGUGGUUCUCAUUGGUGCAUUCCCUUCAGGUGUAGGCGUUGGACUAUGGAAAUUGUAUACUUCGUCACUGUCUGUUGGUACCAAAGUAGGCAUAUCCUUUGCCAUAUUUGUCCCUUUAAUCGCGGCAGCACCUAUCGGAUUCUUUUACGCGUUCCGAUCGCGUGCCUAG